AGGGAAAUGUAUAGCCAAUCAACCUGCAGCUUUAAACACCGGUUGGACCAAUUUGUGCCAUCGUGGACACGGGCCUUGAGGCAGCUUUAUACACUAUGGUUAUAUUAUGGUCGAAGUCGCCCGAGCGUGGGCGAUUGGCCCGCUAGCGCGCAUGCGCCAACGAGCGGUUCAGCUGUUGCGGACAAUGGCGACGUCUCGGCGGACGGUGUGACAUCCCGACAGGCUAGAUGUUCCCGCUACGCUGCCCGGACGCGGCUGCACGUACACGCGCAUCGGUUCGCGGACGUUGAGAGCGAAUCCACGUUACGCGGCCCCGGGUGUCCCGCUCUCCUUUCCCCUCUCUCUUUCUCUCUCGUCACGUUCUAGCCGCUCUCGCGAUGGCUGCGGUGAACGCGAACGCGCUCUCCAGUGACAUAAGCCGUAGGAAUCCCCAGGACGAGUAUGAACUCAUCCAGAGGAUAGGCAGCGGGACCUACGGCGAUGUCUACAAGGCUAAACGGCUGUCCAUGAACGACCUCGCAGCGAUUAAGGUUAUCAAACUGGAGCCAGGUGAUGACUUUGCAAUCAUUCAACAGGAGAUUCUAAUGAUGAAGGACUGCAGGCAUCCAAAUAUCAUUGCAUAUUAUGGCAGUUAUUUGAGGAGAGACAAGUUGUGGAUAUGCAUGGAAUAUUGCGGAGGUGGAUCGUUGCAGGAUAUAUAUCAUAUAACUGGACCAUUAACAGAAAUACAAAUAGCGUAUAUGUGCCGGGAGACCCUUACUGGUUUAGCUUACUUGCACAGCAUGGGCAAGAUGCAUCGUGAUAUUAAGGGUGCCAAUAUAUUGUUGACCGAAGCGGGCGAUGUAAAAUUGGCAGACUUUGGCGUAUCGGCGCAGAUCACUGCGACGAUUAACAAGAGAAAGAGUUUUAUCGGUACACCUUACUGGAUGGCUCCUGAGGUAGCAGCCGUGGAAAGAAAGGGUGGUUACAAUCAAUUAUGUGAUAUCUGGGCAUGUGGAAUAACCGCGAUCGAAUUGGCGGAGUUACAGCCGCCGAUGUUCGACCUCCAUCCAAUGCGCGCUCUGUUUCUCAUGUCCAAGUCUGGCUUCAAGCCGCCGACACUGAAGGAUCGCGACAAAUGGAGUCCGACGUUCCAUAACUUCGUCAAAAUUGCCCUUACAAAGAAUCCGAAGAAAAGGCCGACAGCAGAAAAGUUGCUUCAGCACGCGUUUUUCCAAGGGGAGAUGAGCAAGAGACUGGCUUUAGAAUUAUUGCAAAAAGUUUCGAAUCCCAGCCAUAUGUUUACGGAUUUGGAGGCCGACGAAGACGGAGCAGUGCCCAAUGUUCCGCAGAGAAUAGCCUCACGUCAUACCGCAAGGCCUAGGCCGAAAAGUCCUAUAUCGCAACUGGAUAGUGACGAUCAAAUCAACAUCGAUGGAGGGACAUUACACAGAGACCCUAUGUCACCAUCUGUGGACAGUAAUCCAGCAUGGGACAUUAUGGAUAUCAUGAAUAAUGUCAAGGGCGUGCACAAUUGCGAUGUACAUCCAGACUGUGGGAUUGGAUCUGCGUUUGAAGACGUCCAAGAAAAGAGUCUAUUGCAGUACAUUGAUGAGGAGUUGUUGCUAAGGGGGAAUGCAAUGUCGAUGGUUGGUGGGCAUUGCGACCAGCUAUAUUCCCUGCAAGCUACUCUUCCAUUGGGAGAAUCUUCGAACGAUUGCGAAGUCCACUGUCCAUAUUAUAAUGUGUCCGAUUCAUGUACAGGGUCGCAAGCGAGCCCCAGACGUCACAGCUCCGUGGACGAAUUGUAUGGUCUCGUCAAUAGUUCUCAGUCUUUAACAGCUGUGAAUGGGCAACGCCAACGAUCAUUAUCGGACAGCGGCCCUAGGGACGAGCCCGCACAGUCGAACGGUGACAAUGAGAUAUCGGCCGAUCGAGAUAGGGAAAGUAUGAGCCCUGACUUACUGUCAGACACACCGCCCGUCCCUCCGAGGAGAAGGGAUCGGAAGAGACAUACGCCACCGAGGCCCAUCAGUAAUGGAUUGCCUCCCACACCGAAAGUGCACAUGGGAGCCUGUUUCUCAAAGGUAUUCAACGGCUGUCCACUGAGAAUACACUGUACCGCAAGUUGGAUUCAUCCAGAUACAAGGGAUCAGCAUCUAUUGAUUGCAGCAGAGGAAGGAAUUUAUAAUUUGAACUUGAACGAGCUCCAUGAAACUGCGAUAGACCAACUGUAUCCCAGACGUACUAUCUGGAUGUACGUUAUCAAGGAUGUUCUUAUGUCUCUUUCUGGAAAAACGCCUCAGUUGUAUAGGCAUGACUUGUUAGCGAUACUAAGUAAACAAACCCAUAGAUUUUCGUUGCACAUGAAUAAAAUACCAGAGAGAUUAGUCCCUAGAAAGUUUGCUCUUACUACGAAAGUGCCAGACACGAAGGGAUGCACUAAAUGUUGCGUCGGGAGAAAUCCGUACAAUGGGUAUAAAUAUCUUUGCGGUGCGAUGCCGGCAGGUAUAUUUCUAAUGCAGUGGUAUGAUCCAUUGAACAAAUUUAUGCUUUUAAAACAUUUCGACUGCAUUCUGCCGUCGCCUCUAAAUGUCUUUAAAAUGGUUAUCACACCUGAGAUGGAAUAUCCGAUGGUAUGUGUAUCGGUUAAACAGCCAUAUCAGCAAAACAAAUUAAAACUGGACUUAAUUAAUAUGAAUUCGGGAGCGAGUUGGUUCCACAGUGAUGAAUUGGAAGAUAUGGACGGCUCAGCAACUGUGAUACCAAGACGAGAGAAUUUGAACGUUAUUAACGUUACACAAUUUGAAAAAGAUGCAAUUCUUGUUUGUUAUGAAAAUAUGGUGAAGAUGGUAACUUUACAGGGAAAACCCCGUAUUAGCAAGAAGCAGCUGUCGGAGCUGCAAUUUAAUUUUCAAAUUGAAUCUAUCAUUUGUCUACCUGAUAGUGUACUGGCAUUUCACAAACACGGUAUGCAAGGUAGAAGUUUCAAGAAUGGCGAAGUUACACAAGAGAUUAGCGAUCCGAGUAGGACUUACAGGCUACUUGGUUCAGACAAGGUUGUGAUGUUGGAAAGUCACUUGGUUCACAGUGGUACAUUGACUGAAUCUGAAGGGGCCGAUUUGUACAUUCUCGCUGGACAUGAGGCCAGUUAUUGAGCAUUGAUCCUAAAUAGAGGCGAACACGCGACCACACGCUGCAUGGUCUCGCAUAAUUUGUGAUUGAACUGCAUGUAACGUGAAACGACUACGAGAACGGUGAGAGAUUAAAGUAUGCCGAGGUGAAAACUUUAUAAUUAUUUAUCUUACUGCGAACGUACGUGUGACCGGCACGAUCAGCAUGCAAUUCAAACGUUACGAUAGUCGCUGUCUCUCCAUGUAGUCAAUAUCGCAUAGACUGGUAGUUAUUCGCGAUUAUCUUUAUUUUUAACGAGACUUAGAGCUAGACGGUAUUUUUAGUAGUAAAGCUAUAAUGGGGAGGAAUAGCGACGUUUAACGAGAGGACAGAGUUAAGAGAGCGUAUGUACGCGAAACUAUCUUUAUGCCUGAUCAAAUGAAGCUAACAAUAAGCGCACCAUUUCGAGAGGUAUUGAAUAAAGGCGAUUUACUAGUUUAUUUAGCUAUAUGUGUAUAAAUUACGCUCUUAUAAAUCGUAGAAAUGUGAAAAGAGAGAUCUAAAAUAAUAUCUCGGGAAUAGCCCUGUCUGGGAAGCUACGAUAAUGAUAAAAGCUGCAUCAAGUGGUCCAAAAUAACCAGCCGCGUCGACGUGUUAAAGCUAACAAUAUAACAAUGUGAUAUUUAUCUUCAAAUUCACCUUUCCGUAAUCUCUAAAACGAUGCACAGCAAAGAGAAAUAAACAGAACAAUCUAUCUCCGAGAUUUUUAUUUUACUUUAAAUAUUUUUUGGUAGUAGGUACGUGACUUUACAAGAGCGUAUUUUAUGGAAAAUGUUUUCCAUGCUUUUCUGGCUUUAAUAUAUAGUAAAAUUAGCUAGCAUACCGCCUUAUUGCAUCGUUCUGAACGCGCCAAGGUAACGAAGCUCUUGCGAUGCUGUACAGAUUUACCUUCCUAGAAUUGCAUUAUAUUCAAUAGCUUUUAGCCUUCGAGAACCGUUUAAUCGUAAUAGCGUUUAAUAGAUUAAGAGUUCAACGUGUUUGUAUUUUUAACGGAUUUACUAGACGAGACGAUAUUUAUAUUCUUACACAAGAAAUCGCGUAGUUUUCGAAGGUUAAAAGCGCUGUUGUUGCAUCCGGGACAUUCAAAUACGAUUCAACGGAGUAGAUGUGUCUUCAUUGUACAGUGGAAUUUUCGUGUAAUCGAAUCUUUGCGGAAUCUGUGUAACAUUAAUGACGAUUAUACGUGUAAUUUAAUAUACGGGCUGUCUCACUUUUACCGAAUCAUAUUUUAACCGACUUUGCGACGAAAGAACUUUCUCGGUGAAAAUCUCGUGUUAACACGUUUAACGGUCUCUUUACUCUCUCGACAUUACCUAUCCUACAGUUUGUAUAUAAGAGAUAUAAAAUUGAAGAUUGAAUGAGACAAAUUCUGUUCAGUUGUACUAAUUCUACUUUUGUUUUCCUAAUGACUAGUACUCCGAGAAAAAGGAGACUUUUGUUGGAAAAAGGUCCGAUUAGAUCCGUUAGAAGCGUGACGCCGUAUAUCUUCUUCCAGAAACGGUCAACCAUAGAGAAAACGACAACGAUAUAAAAGGAAAGUAGAUCAUUAAUAUAUUAGUAGCGUAAAAACUUUUGAAGAAUUCCAUAGAGAUGGAUUUCCUAUAGAGAUUGUAUAAUAUCGUGUAUAUAUACGUAUACACAGUACAAAAUUCUCUUGUACCAAUGUCACAUUCUCGAAAACGUGCGUAUUGAACUUAUGUUACACCUGAGCUUCAUUUCAUUGGGCAUGGGGAUCACCUCGGUGUAAUCCUUAAAGACAUUGUGUUCAUCAGUGUCUCUAAUUUUGGGCAAUUGUAAAUAUGAAACAGAUAAUUUGGCGUGACGACGACGAUGAUGACGAAGACGACAAUGAUGACGAUGAUAAUGGUGUUGAGCAGCGUUUACUUUGAGAACAUUCGCCUGCGCGUUUGUUAAAUAUGAGUCGUUUUGCUUGCGACUGCAAUAACGAUGCGUGUCUGCAAUGUCAUUAACAGUUUGAUUUCAACGUAAUGGCGAUCUGUAAUUCAUUUAUGUUAUUUCGUUUUGCGAAGUAAUCCUCGCGGAUCUAUCACCAAGUUAGUGCUUUGAUGAAAAGCGUCCUUGUGAUAUAUGCGACAGGAAAGGGCACUCAAACAAAAUAAAGCAGCGAUAUGGUCAAGUUUCAUCUGUGAUUUGGUAUCAAAGAAUCCGAAUCGCAAUGUUCAUCGUUCAAGCCUUCUUCGUAAAUCAGUCGUAUAUGGUACGUAUAAUUGUGUAUCAGAGAGCACACAAUACGCGAAUCUGUUUGUAGCGCAGCUCUUUCUUUAUAUCCAAUAAUUUUUCGCAUUGGUGACGACGAUACGAUUGUAUAUACAUGUAAAGCGACGGAAUAACUUCCAUGUGAUCGGUCUUAAGACUGGGAGAAAUGCAUUUCUUUGUUUUAACAAAAGAGUUUCUCAACUAUACCCCGAAGAGAAAGGAUACAUAGGACUUCGGCAUGAAAAUGGUUUACGUCCACGUAUUAUAAAGCUUAUAAAGCGUUUAACUUGAUUCCACUGGUCUUUAAUGUCAUUUCAUUUAAUCUAAUAAAAUUUUAUUUAUUCGAUUAAAUUUUAAUAUACUAUUUAAAUAUUUCCGAAUUUGUUGCAAAGGUUUAUAAUCGAUCUACUCAUAAGUCGACAUUUAUAGAUUAACAUUGAGAAAACAUUCCCCUUUUUUAUUUGAAAUAUUCGACCAAUACUGUUGUGAGUCAUAUUCACUAAUCGCACAACUAAUUAUUAAUGAAUAUGUUGAAGGAUAUUAUUUCAUUGUAUUGUAUAACGCUGUAUUCUAUUUGUAUUUUCUUGCAGGGUCGAUGCUCGAAUUUAAUAUUAUUUUUCAAUAUCCACUCGUUUAAAAGAUUUCAUUACGCACAAAAUCAAUUAUUCAAUUAUCCAGUUAUAUUCUGAAUACAAAUAAAUAGUGCGAUUAGUCCAUAAAAUAAUUAAUAUAGAAGUGUUUCGACAAGGUUUAGCGUUAAUUACAUUGGAGUGAAAUAAUUCAUUUAUCCCCAGUUGUUCAAAGAGGAUUUAGAAGUUUUCGGAAAUCUCAGCCUCGUGAGAUACGUAGAACAUACGCAUUUUAUUUGCUUCUUGAGCGUUAUAAUAUUCGGCGUGCCGCCGCAUGUGAGGCACAUUUAUUGUAAAGAUAUAAAUAUAGUAUCCGGCACUUUUUCCCCACAAAUUUCUGUCGUCGAGCUCUUGCAAGUUAAUUUGCGUCCUUAAUUUGCACAUUUUAGACGAGGUGUAAAAUGAAUUGUAAAGAAUCAUCAGAGUAAAAUGUAUAAUUAUCCGCGGAAUGUUAAACUAUUUUGAUAUUUUAUAUGGACAAUUUGCUCUGUAUAUUAGAGAGAGUAGAUUACUGAAGAAAGUAUAGUACUAUACUAUCGAGAAAAAAAAACAAAUUAAAUAUAUAUUAGCGAAAUUGUACGAGUAUCUCAGUGAAUUUGUUGUUUCUGCUAAGUCGCUUUGUGGCGGAAAUUGCGCGUUUAGACUUAUGUCCGGAAAUUCAUUUGUAUAGCAUUUUUCUAGAGAAAUUUAAGGAUUUCUUAGUCAUACUCGGCGGGCAAAACUCCAUUUUGCUGGCAAUUCGUUAGCACUUUAUCGGUAAUUGAUUCCAUUCUAUUAGGUAACAAAGGUGAAUCUAAAGAUAACAAAGGUGAAUACAAUGCAGAUGCGAAGACGCGGAAAUCUACUCGUAAUACGUAAUUAUAAUUGUUGCUCUUAUGCAAUCAAACACCAAGUCGACGUUUAAUCAAAUUCUGCGCUGACUACACAUUAUUCACAUGUACUAAAUAUAAUAGAACGAGCAAUGUGUCUUCCCGUGAUUUGCAAAUAGCACACUGUAUUGCUAGACGUGUUAAAUGUAUUCGCAAUAUAGUAUUUGACAGAAUCCGUCGAUUUAUCUAGGAAUCCAGUUUUGUUGAUACUAAUAGAGUUAUUCGAGAGAAUUAUUGUACGAAACGUAAGUCUUCUUUUUACAGCAAGGCAGUCCCUAAUUUUUCGCGACGUUCUUAUUAUCUAGGAGGAGAAAGAUUGUGAUAUAUGUCAAGUAAAAUGAGAGCUAUCUUUAUUUUAGGCAAGAUAUAAUUAUGUUAUUAGAAAGUUCAGUCAAAUGGAAGGAUAAAAUUAUUUCGUUCUCGUGCGUGAUUAUUUGAGUAAGAGUUCCACUUUUUUCCGAAGACAUGUAUUCACGAGAUAUUUUGAUAAUGACGGUAAAUAGUAACUGCAAUGUUACCUGACGUGACUUUUUGUAUUAUUGUAAAGACAAUAAUUUUAUUCGGAGCGUCGUGCACAAAUCGUGAGAGAAAAAAGAAGGACAGACACAUUGGCAUAAAGGUAUAUAAUAUUAAAUAUUUGAAUCUAUAAAACGGAUAAAGUAGCGAAAAGUGAAAAAAGACAGAUCAGAGUAAUUAGAAAGUUUUAGUCCCCUACCACAGACCAAGUAUUAGAACCGUGAGAAUUAGAGAGACAGACAUACACACGUACGUACACACAGUUUGUGUAGAUUUCACAUAUCUGAAUUUUGCUCGCGACCGUACACACAAAUGAGAAUUUUAUUUUCACGAGAGAAUAGAAAGAUUAGAAGAUACGUGUGUAGGACACAUCGAUGCCCGCUUCCUUCAUUUUAUAUUAUACAUAAAUAAUUUAUAUUUUUAUCAUGUCUCAAACUUAAGUCGAUUGUUUCGAACGUGCAAUACGUAAUAGCGUAAUAACGUAAUAUAUUAAAAUUCAUUUAUUGCCUGAAUGGAAUGAGACAAGUUGAAAAUGUUAAAAAAUAUUUAAAACAUGCUCAAGAAAGAAAAUACGCACAUGUGAUUGAUAUUCUGCCAGCAAGCUGUUGCAUCUUAUCCGCAGUGUCAUAUACCCGUGCUCUUUUUAGCGAUCUUCGAAAAAUUCCUUCUGUGCAGAUAUGUACACGUAUAAGUGCUAGGACAAUUAAUACAGCGAUAAAAUGUACCUGUACACCGACCAUAUUGAUGGUUUGCCUCUACAUAUGGAAGUUUAAGUUUCGAAUUCUCGAUUUUUGUGUGUCUGAAACUUCGAAGUUAACAUAGCGAAUUUGUAGUGAGACAGUAACGACUAUUUAUUCCUUCAGCUGUCCCUCGGAUCUAUUUGAACUUGAUUAAUUGCUCUUUAAAAAGACAUCAUUAUGAUAUAUUUAUAUUAUCUAUAACGUCUUUCAAUUAUUGAAUGCAAAAAAAGAACUUAUGUUAGAAACGUUAGUUACAUCAAUUGGAAAUCUAUUCGAUAAGAUUUUCAAAAUUCCACUAUUUUUCUUAGGAAAUCCUAGCAUAUUCAUGCUGAAUCCUACACUGUAUGAUUAUUAGAUGCGCGUUCUAUUUAAUUACGUUGAAAAGUUAUUGAAAAAAAGCUUGUCUUUAUCAAGCCAAUAUCUAUUUUAGGACACCAGAAUCUCAAAAUUGAAGAUCCAUAUUUCUGGUAGUUUCCAAUGGCUACGUUGGUUUAAAGAAAAACGCCACUCAAAAUUCAAUAAGGAUAAGGAUCCAAGGGAUAGAAAAUCGAGCACAUGUACACACGGCUUAUUAUUUUCGAUCAAGAAGAUGACGAUUGAUAACACGUGCGUUACGUUUCGUAUGCAACAGAUACAAAAUAUUUUAAGAGGCAAAUUCGUGAAUUAUCGUAAGAUGGAUGAAAAAAGAAAUAUAUAUAUAUAUACAUAAACAAAUAUAUUUAAUAAAAUUCCUUGACAUAUAUAUUGUAAAUUCAAAGAGAUAUUCAUUAAUCUAUAAUAGGAUGGAUUCCGAUAAUUUUGUUAAUUAGCCGGUGGUGUUGAAGAUACGAAUUGCCGAUAUAUCAGUAGUUAGUGACCAAAGCCGUAGCGACAAAUAGAUAACGCAAUGAAUGAACAAAACUUAUUCUUACAACUGGAAAUUAGGGGAGCGAGCGAAAAGGAGAUAUACCGUGUUACAACGUACAGAGAAUUUAGGAAUAAGGAGCUUCUGCUAUAUAAAAUUCUCACUAAGUGUUACUCCGUUAUGAUAUUUAAUGCUCACGUAAUUAUUUAUUUAAAGAGUACUGCGUAUGAUGCUUUCCUCCAAAACUUUUCACGGCACAGAUAGCGGAAGUUGAACGACUAAACAAUGACUCUUGUUACAUUGUGCAAGUCCGAGACUCGUUGUGAAAGAGGUGAACGUUAAUUUAUUCUUCAUAGUCGGAAGCUACGUAUUAGCGACAAGUAUUAGCCGCAGAUGAGUAUAAGCGUUUCUUAUAAAUAUUAAUUGGAACUGUAACUAGCAACUAAGUCUUGUAAUUACGAAAGCUGUAUAUAAUGUGUAUAACGUAUUAUAUAUGUUAAUCUUGCGUUCGCCGAACUUUCAUUUCAGUCAUUUUUUUUAUAUGAAUGCAGCAUUGUGAGAAUAAUUUAUAAUUAUAAACGUAUUUAAUUUACUUGUAUCUAUAAAAGCAACUAGCCAAACUUCUGUAAAUAGACUGUCUCGUAAUAAAAUCUGUCUAAGGGAAAAA